GUUGGUCUUGAAAGAAUGCAAUACGCGGACGUAUCGUGACCGAAUGUACGAGGUCGAAUUGUUCCGUAGCGAUUCCGCUUGUACCGAUACUUGCAUGCUAACAAUUUCGAAUCUUCAUUCAUAAUAACGGGUACGCGUAUCAUCGGGAAACGACUAAAUUUAUAUACGGGAAUAUACGUGACAGUAACGACAGUGCCAAUUAUACAACCGUGGCUUCGUGUACGUACAAAGAAUCGCUAAAGCAUUACAAUCGACAAGAAAAGUGCGUGUACGUGAGUGAAUAGAGUGCCUCAACCCUGAUCUCCGCGCCCUUCUGAAUCGUUGACAGUAGUUACCGUGAUUUCCUGCGAACGAUUUUAUCGAUGACGUGCCGUGAACCGGUCUACGAGGAUACAAAGGUGUUGCAUGCUGCGUGCUAGGGCAAGAAACAAGGGUCUGUUCUGUCGCAUUUUAACCAUUGAGGUGGGCUGCACCGACAAGGCUGUGGACGUUCCUAGAUUGGCGAUGAAAAUUGAAACAUCCCAGGACAUGACGUAAAUACUAGAAUAAAGCGUACGGGGAACGGCAUUAUGAAGAAUCUCAGGCCGUAGUCGCCGCCUGCGAUGUUAGUCACACAGACACCCUCCUCGACGGACAAUCUGCCGAAUAUGCUGCCGGUACUCGAGGAGGAGGCGGAUGUCGAUGUCGACGACGCAUUCCCGCCGCACGUCGACACGACGAACAUCGUCAUACAGCCGGAGUCGCCCACCAGCAAGAAGCAAGCGCUGAAGACCUUCAACGAGGUCAACGCGCUUCUCCAGGCUGGCAGGAAGAGGGAGGCUAAGCUGAUCAUAAGGGAAAACGCGUGGCCAUUGAACAACGGGAUCAGGGCGCAAUUGUGGCCAGCCCUUUGCAAUCAGCACGCACAUGGCAAAAACAUGCUAGAUGGAUUCUAUUGGGACAUGGUCAAUCAAGUGUUCGGAACUACAGAGCUGCCGGAAAAAUCAAUCAUGCUACCGCCGUUCGUGGACAGCACUCAUUGCCUGUCGUACCACCUGACGAGAAAAGGCAGGAGCGUUGCAGACAGGGUUGUGUCUGUGCUAGGAUAUGCUUGUCCCGAUAUCACCUAUAGUCCUUCUCUCUAUCCCAUCACGGCUCUUCUUCUUCACUUUAUGCCAGAGGAGGAGUGUUAUCAUUGUAUGGCCAGCUUGGUCGCAGCUAAAGAGAAGAUGUUCAUUACGCAAACCAAGCUCCUCUACGAGGUUACCUGGAAAACUGUAGAACAAAUUACUAAGAAGCACGUGAAAUCAGCAGCAGUACAUUUAGCAAGGCAUUGUUCUGGAUCAAGAGCAGAAAGAAUUUACAUGGAUUGGAUGUGGUGGAUUCUGCAGCUUCUUCCCUUCCAGCAUCUAGUCAGGGUUAUGGAUUGUUUUCUUCAUGAAGGCAUCAAGGUCUUCUAUCGAGUAGCAAUGGCUAUAGUUUUAUUAUUCUAUAAACAUUCAUCAUUGCAAAACUCUGAAUGGAUGAACGAAAUUUCGAAGAACGGUAUUGACGCUGCUCUCUCGAAGUUCUGCAGGCAAAUACCGGUAACGUCAGCUAAAUUUUUACGUACCGCAUUUGGAAUACGUGGACUUAGCUCAGCAUACAUAUCAAGGGUAUUUUUACGCACAGAAAUGUCUCUAAAAAGUAGAAGCGUCUUAACAGGAUCCAGAUCAUUGGUUAGAUCACGAUCCACAGACAAUUUACCGACGAGCCAGUCACAAGUCAACAUUCAGAUGAUGUCGCACACGCUCACGAUACGAGAAGGUGCACACAGUCCUGGACCGCGUGCUCUGUCAAUGGGCGUUUAUCCCAUACAAAGCAUAUGCUCCCAGAUUCUAGACAUGCCUGAUUUAUUCACAUUGUGGUCCUGGCUGCCUAUGCGGAUUACCAUGUAUCAACCAAUUCUAUUGUAUACAACAGAAGAGCAUGGUUGUUCUCUGACGACGUUCUACGUGAGAGUAGAGCAACAUGAACCGACCUUAUUAAUGAUCAAAACAUGUAAUAAUGAAGUAUUUGGUGCCUAUUGCUCCACAAGAUGGUGUGAACGUAAUUUGAAGAAUGAUAAAGGACAAAGGCAAGCCUAUUUCGGAACAGGUGAAACGUUUCUAUUCAGCUUGUAUCCCGAAAGAGCAAAAUACCCUUGGGUGGGUAUGGAUUCUUCGCACAAUGAUUCUAAAGUCCAUCAUUCAGCUGAGUUAUUUAUGGCGGCAGAUUCCAAAAUGAUAACAAUUGGUGGAGGAGACGGUCAGGCAAUAUGGAUGGAUGAAAAUAUAAGAUACGGUAAAACAGAUCGGUGCUCUACAUUCAAUAAUCCACCUCUUUGUGCAAGUGGCGAUUUCGAGAUUAGAGUACUAGAAGUAUAUGGAUUUGCCGGUGCUUGAAAAGGAAACAGGACUUGGCACUACGACGUAUCAGCUUAUUUGAUUCCCUACUGCCAUUUAGCGACUCUCUUCUAUAUAUAUAUAGAGUUGUGUACAUUAUAUACAAGUAUCUUCGUAUCAUAUAUGUGCAAAAUUACCGCGCUUUUCCAGUUGCGGUAUUUAUGAUGCAUCUUCAGUCGUUUGCGGAGUACUAGUAUUAUUAUAUGUGCAUGUUUCGUUGUUGAGGCGCUAUAAAAAGUUCUGUACCGAUUGAGAUUACGUAGAUUUAUCUCCUUCGUUUUAUUACGCUUGUUUGUUCGAUUAUUUGUCUCGACGGUUUGCAGAAACGACCAGACAAUUCCUACGUUUAUUAUGUCGCAAAUUUAUUCUCUAGCAGGACACAGAACAACAUGAAAUGGUUGCUAACACAUAGAUUAUAAUCUGCGACAUGACGAACAGCGACAAUAAUCAACGUUGAGUCAUCUUUAGUUAUGUUACAAAUCUUGAUAUCUAAUGUGUACAUAUGUAAGAAAUGAUUGGUUAUUUACAUGAAUACUUAAUAUUCAUUGGACCAGAUGCUAUCAUUAUAUAUAUAUAUUUGUGUAUAUACGUACAUAUAUACAUAUAUAUAUAUACAUAUACUGCAAAUUAAUUUCACCGAAUCUAUUGUUAAUUUUGCAGUUUGACAGUAAUGCUCGUAUACGUAUGUGUUAAUGCCUUACAAUGUUUAUUUACUUUAGUAUUGUUACGGCUAGCUUUAAUCAGUUGUUGGAUAUAAGUGCGAAAAUAACCGAAGGGAAGAGUACUGUUUAUAUGUUACAUAUUGUAUCUGUCAGGCGUUAAUCGUAUAUGUGUAUAUAUACAUGUGUGUGUAUGUUAAUCUCACAUUAAUUUCUUGUAAAUAUUAUAAAUAGUGCCCCUUGCAAAAGUAGAUACACGCUACACAAUUCAUACACAUACAUAUAUAUUUAUAUAUAUAUACAUACUGAGUUUAGUUGAUUUAUUGCACACUAAUGUAAACGCAUGACGAUAAAGGCACUAUGCGGAAUGAUUUGUCGUUUUUAGCAUGUAGCAUUUAUAUUUGCGUGAAAUGAAUCAACUAAAUUUGAUGAAAGUACGUACAUUGACCAAUAUCGAGAUUGAAUGUGAAAAGAAAAGAAACGAAGAAAUUCUAAUAAUGGCAGGGGGCGAAUGGUACUUUGAAACAACGAUACUUUUUAUUUUUAGUUGUGAUUAUGUUUAAAAAAAUCUAAAGUUAGUUAAAUCAUACAAUAAUUGACUUGUUUUCUAAACUAAAAUACGAAAAGCCAUAGUUUUCUUGUAGUAUAUUAAGGAUUUGUAUAUUUUAUAUAGAAUACGUAAAUUCAUGUCGAUAGUAGAAUAACAACAUUAUUUGUACAGAUAAUAAUGCGAUGGUCUUUUUUCAAUAUACUUUGUUGAUACACACAUAUACACUUCGGGCAUUCUGAGGAAGCGUACUAGCGUUAUUAUCGUUAUCCUUUGUCUCUCUUUGUGAUCAAAUCUGUAUCGAUAACAUACGAUACACGAUUAACUCUUAGAGUACCUGCUUCUGUGUUUAGUUUCUUGUUGUUACUUCUUUUUUUCUUUUUUUUUUUUGUGGAUGAAAGGUAAAGAUAACGAAUGAAAUUGAGUGUGCGUGAGAAAAACUGAAGGUGUCAAUUUUAGAUUCCUUGGUUGUGAUGUAGAAGUGGCUGGUACCACUUUGUCCGAGUGACAAUAUGUACUAAUGAUUACGUUUGUGUAGAAGGAUCAUGUAUCUUUCACCCCCCGUCAUGUUAUCGACUGUAAAAUAACGAAACAUAAAAAAUGUUACGUUAUUCUUGAUAUGGCUACGAGUUAGAGUUGUCAAAAUACUACGAAACAUUUUAGAAAACAGAGCCUAAGAUGAAACACUCUGUACAUCGGCUGAGUCACUCCUUUUGGUUUUACAUAAAGUAAUUAAUCACAUUAGUUAGUUUUCUAAUAUCAACUUUUUGUAUAAUCGUGUGACAUGCAAAUGCAAGAAUGAGCAAACAAUACAACAAAGAACAAUGAACACAUUAUACACGACGAUAUCGAACUCAAUUCUAAAUAUAACCAGUGUUAUAAUAUUGACUUUAACUGCUAAACCGUUUCCUGAAAUUCUUGUAAUAUCAACAGGAUAGCUUAUAGUGAAAGAAAUAGUAGUGAAUUAUGUUCACUUUCAGAUAUUUUAUAAAUCUACGGUAGUACUUUCGUGUUUCGCAAGAAAUUAGCAAAAGUAGGAAGGUACACUGAUGAUCUCACCGAAAAGCUACACUACGAUACAGUAGCGAAAAAUGUAUGUGUUUACAUUACCAGAAAUCUGUAUCACACCAUUGGAACGAAGCUGAGUUACCCAAUUUAAGUAUAGAAAGUAUCAUUUUGCAAGAUACUUGAAUGUAUUUAGAACGAUUGAUUGUAAUUUUGAAAUAUAGCUACAUCUCUGAGAAAUAUGAAACGUGAAAGCCUUUCACGACUGAAACAAAGAAAUUAAGCAAUCGACAGAAUUUAGUCUUAUGAAUACGAUGUGAGUAAAUGUGCAUUUUGUACAACACGUGAGAAUAGUUAAAGAAAAGGGGAUUUGCGCGCAUAAAGUUCCAUAUAGUUAAAUUAUUGCAUUAUUAAUUUAUAUUUAUAUAACUCAUAUACAAUCCAUAUGUUAAUUAUUCUAAUCGAAAUUUGUUUUUACGUUAGUGUCCUUUUCUUAACUAU